GUUGACUACACCUCAAAACACCCCAUCUUUUGCACCAAUCUGAUUUGUUUUUUGUUGAGGAUAUCAGUCGGUCCAAGCCCUCCCAAGCUGCCGUUCGGCUUUUUGAUGCAGUGGUCAAGAUUUUCAAUAUGCCUCGUGGGUCACUGGAAAGUCUGCCCCGCGAGAUAUCGCUACAGAUAUUGGAGGUGCUAAACUAUGAGCAUCCGCCAAGUCUGUUGGCUGUCGCCUGUACCAACAAGCACUGCUAUUCACUUGCCACUCCGCUGCUCUUCCGGACACUCAAAAUUAUUUAUGGCGGGCCUCGAAAACUGAGUAUCGAUGUACAGAGAUACACCGAGAUGCUGUCACGGUCCGCGAGCUUUCGACACGUUCGCCGUCUCCUGAUCUCUAGCGAUCACUAUGACCAUGACCAUGACCAGGAUUAUGAUGACGAGUGGGAACGUGACUAUCAAUGGAAACGAUCGAAAACAUCGCGAGUAGAGCGUGGCGAAAGUGAAGAGUCGAUAUUUGAGCCACAUGAUCGUAGGGUCCGUUGGCACAGGGACGACGUGCAGCCCAUCCGGGACGUCCACAAGAUGGAUGAUAAAUGGAACCCACUGGAAAUUUUCUUGAAGACGCUGCCAGGUCUGACGGAUCUGGUAUUUGAAUGCCGCGAGCUACUUCCCCCUUGUGUCCUAGAGACUCUUCAUCACUAUCGCCCGGAGUGUCGGCUCCAUGUUGAUCUUUCAAACCUUCCCUGUCUAUACGGGCAUCCGGUUCAUAUUCAUGAACUUGCACUUCUACGCUCCGAGUGUCUUUACGCUAUCAUGAUUAAUUGCGAGGAAGACGAUCGCCAUGAUUCAGAUGGAGCUACCAGUCAUCAUGCAGAUGCAGUCCAACAAUUGGUGGCGGGUGUAGCACCCAAUCUGAGGGAAGCCUACAUGCUUUUUGAUUAUACAAGUAGCCAUGAUGGAACACGGGAUGGUUUAAAUUCUCGAAAAGGGCUUGAUCUCAAGCACAAGGGACAAAUGCUCUCGCAGAGACGACUUGCCUGUCUGCAACUCGAAGAUGAUUAUACACAAUUAUCCAAAGGCUGGAUGGAGUAUUGGGCGGUCAGCACAGACUUUUCAUCGUUGAAUAUCUUAAAGCUCUGGUCGGAUGCCGAGGAGGAUAUGUUGAGAUAUCUCAUUGCCAACCACAACUUCGGGUCACUUCACACGUUGCUUUUGACCCUGCCGUCGGCCUUUAGUCCCCGGAUAUCUGGAAGCUACCAUGACACAGUUGCUGAUUUUCUCCUCAGCCUUCCCCCAUUGUCGAACCUCACAUUACGAGAGUGGAGACGUGGCCUGCUAUUAGAUGCAGCCAUCUCAUAUCAUGGGCCCAAACUGCGUAAGCUUUGUGUUUCGCCAUUUGAUGAUGAUGUCUUUAAACUAGAAAAUGUUAAGCAACUGUCUGUGUCUUGUCCUCUGCUUGAAGAGUUGGAGCUCCCGCUCCACAGAUCCAAGGGUGACUCCACGGAAGUAUUGACCUACCAAGCCCUGGGCUCGCUCCCUUCACUAAGAUGUCUCAACCUGACUCUUGAUGCGUCGAAUCGAAGCGUCCUAGACUCCGGGGUGAACUCCGACGGAGAGCCCAUAAUCCCGGACGAUCCCGCCUUCGACGAGUUUGACCGGGCGUUCUUCACAGGCGACCGAUUUUCCCACCCGGGGAUGCAAUACCACGGCAUCCAGCGCUUUCCCCGAAAUGGCCACAUCCGAGACUCGCUUAUCAAUAGCGCCCUGGACCAGACACUCGCGCGUGACAUCUUCCGUGCUGUAUCCUCGGGGAAAAAACCAUCCUCGAUACCGUUCGAGACGUUGUCCCUGACCAUGAAAGGUGGAAGCGACUUGGGCGGCGACCCGCAACUAUUAGCGGGCUUAACCCGGCUGGUCCAUCGCCUGAACCGCCCGUUCACAGUCAAGCGUAAUCUGCGCGAUGAUCGUUGCGAUGACUUAAUUAUCAGGAGACACAAACACACUGAUUACAGCGACAUUUACUCUGCCAAUGCACAAAUCACACCCUACGAAGAUAUUUUCUGCCGCGUCUGGCCUGUCAGCCAGCGCCAUCGCAAGAAAUGGUGGAAGAGAUGGCACGGCCUACCUUUGGCGGAGCUGCCUGCGUCGGGAUUGGAUUCUUAAGCUGUGUUUAAGUACACAUGGCUGCACUGAGGUAGAGGAAGCCCAUCAAAGAUCUGCUGAAAUUGCCGUCCACCGUCCUUCUCGGUCACUCAUCCUUGGAAUUACAAAAACUGUUCCUAAUUAAACCCAACCCCUUUCACAUAUAGGUCUCUCCAACUUCGUUGAGACCAACCAACAGCCCUGUUUGCAACCGCAACGAAAGUCCCGUGAACAUACCUUCCUCCUGGUCGGAACUCGCACAGCAGGAGUUCAGAUUAUCUUGGUGAUAUCCGUGUUUCAUGCCAUAGCCGCUUUCCUACAUUUCAUUCGCGGGCACAUUGUUCGUCUUUAAUGUUUUGACGCACACGCCGAGUCUGAAUCACAGGUUUUAGAUCCACAUGGCCUAGUGCAACGAUGAUAGCUUCUCCUCAAUCGCAGUUGCUGACGUGGUUGGCAUGAGGUUGUAACGAGUUCUACCGGCCAGAUAGGCGAGCAAAGGCUCAUUCAGCACCGGAAACCAUCAUCAAAUUCUGGUUCUAUGGGAAGGAAUAUUGAUCUCACAUUGCUUUAUUGGCGUAGUCUAUUACUUGGACAAAUCAACGACCUAUAUGGGUGGAGCAGGGUUCUAGAUAAACCGGCUCUUAGGAACCAUAAGCGUGCGGCCUGUCCCGCCUGGAUUAUUUUCUGCACAAUUU